AUGGCUCGUCGAGGAAGUUUGGACACAAUGUUCAGCGAACUCAUACAAGAGGACAAGGACGACACAACCAUAGAGGUUUGCUUGGAACAAUUAGCUCGAGCUAUAUCUGCCCAUGUGACCGACAUACUAAUCGAACGACUUGGUCUCGAGGAACGAAUAGCCCAAACGAAUUCCUCCAAUGAAACAACAAAGGAAUCAUCGAAGAUCAUGACUUCCUCAAUGUCUCCCCGGUCCGAUGUGGAUGCCCUCCAUGUAAAGCAAAGUGGUUCUCGAUCCCUGUCUACACCGCGAUCACUACCGCAAAGUCCUACACCGUGUCCAAGAAGUCGACUUCCUCGCCGACAACGCGACAACCACAAGUGCAAUUCGACAGAAAAUGUUCAGGAGCCCGAGGAGAUGUCAAGUUGCUCUCGCUAUCAUAGCGAGAAUCGCUUGAAUCGUAUCGAGCCUCCACCGGAUCUCAACGAAACCCCAUUAGAGAAUCGAGCAAGUCGAUUACGACGAGCCAAUGCGCAAAAGAAAACUAGCCAGUCGAGGUGGUUCAACGGAUUUCCUACCGGGAAUCGGUCACUAAACACCAGCAAAUUUUUUCAGACUUAUCAGCCCUAUGAAAACUUAUUCUUCGUCUGGAUCAUGUCUUGUUAG